UGAAGUAGGUCUUGAUCUUUUACUUACUUGGGUAAGCAAGCUACCCUACCCUGGCUCCCUGUACAUGCAUGGUUCAAAUGUGAUUCACUGAGAGGAAGGAGGGCUUUGCUGAUAUUGGAUAAUACGAGACUUCCCCUAAAUCAGAAUGAAAGUGAGAAGAAACCUACGUUACGAUGCAAUUGGAAGAACAAAGAACAAGCAUAAGAUCAAGCUGUUCUCUGUCUGGAGGUCCUGGAGGCAUAAGACAUGCUGAGAACUUGGCUUUUCACAAUAAGCUUUUCACUGGUUAAACUAUCAGAUAACUGUACAGUAUAUAAAGCAUAUACCGUUUGCAAAGGAACAAUAGGUCUAUUUCAUGCUGAAAAGAGAAGAAAGAAAACACAACACACCCGAAGAAGGCUUGUAUCAAAAGACUUGUUUUUGGAAAAGGCCCGUGAGAGACAAGAGCACGUUUUGGAACACCUUUGUGUUGGCGAAACCUCCACUCUGUGUUGAACAGAUCAGAAAGUGAUCGGCGGAUAACAGGCAACUUCUGUAGGUUAGCAGAUGGAUUUUGCUGUUUUUUUAGUUGUGAUCCUGGUGCACCUGAGACUCCUGGAAGGCUCACCCUUGCAAACUCCCAGGGGUGCCGUUUCUCCGGCUGACUCAGGUGGUCCAGCAGCGGCAGAAGGGAAGGCUGACCAGAGGGUCCGCAACCGUCUGGCAGACGCAGUCUGUAGCGACAAGGAGGAGGUUGAGGGGGGCACCAUCCGGUGGCCGGAGCAGCGUGUUGCCGGGAGCGUGAUGCACUACCAGUGUCCGCUGGGCAGCUACGCCUAUCCGGUGGCCUGGAGGGUUUGCUUUCGGGGGCGAUGGAGCUUGCUGAGGAACUCCUAUGGAGAGAGUGCCAAAAAGGUUACCUGCAGACCAGUCACAUGUGUGCCCCCCUCGGCCCCCGCCUUCGGAUCCAUGAUUCCCAUACUCCAGAAGUACGGCUGGAACGACACCGUCAGCUUCUCCUGCUACUCGGGCUUCCUGCUGCUGGGGUCCGCCCGGCGCACCUGCCUGGCCAACGGCCAGUGGAGCGGCAGGCUGCCAGUGUGCGACAGCGCAGAAAACUAUUGCCCAAACCCUGGCAUCCCAUUUGGGGGCGCAAGAUACGGCGACUUCUUCGGCAAUGGGUUCACGGUGAAAUACAGUUGCCAGAGUAACCAGGUGCUGCGCGGCUCGUCGGAGCGCCUGUGUCUGCAGACGGGCGUGUGGUCGGGAGAGGAGCCCACGUGUGAAACUAGAUACACCUUUGAUGAUGUAGAGGACUUUGCCAGUGAAAUGAUGAUUGUGAAAUCUCAAAUCGAAAUGGCAAUGCUCCCUGCCUCUGAAGCAGACCUGAAUCCUCAGAGCCAGAGAAGACAGCACAUCUUCUUUCUGAUGGACUCCUCUGGGAGUGUUGGCUGUUACAACUUCCAGAAGGGGCUGGAGUUCAUUGACAGCUUCGUCAAGCGGAUUUGGAAGGUCCCGAAAGUGUCAGUCAAAGUGCUUUUCUUUGACUACUCUCAUGUGAAGACCAUAAACAUCACUGCGGACCCCAAUAAAGACGAGCCCAGACUUCUGGCCCAGACUGUAGAUUGUAAAGGUGAUAGCUAUUUUUCUACAAGCUCAGAUGACUUUUCCCAGCACACAGAAGCGAACCUGGAGGAAGGUCUUGCAGAGGCAAAGAAGAUGAUUUUUGCUGAAAAGGAAGCAGCAAAGUGGACACUCUUUGUAAUGGGGAGAAAAUUUGGAGGUUUCUCCCUACCCAAUUCAAUAAAGGAGAUAGUAGAACACAUCCAUGAUGCAGACAUUUACUUUGAUGUUUUUGCAGUAGGCCUAGGUGCUGUGCAGAGAGAACAACUGGAACGCAUCGUGCCCAAGAAACAUGUGCCUGAAAGUGGGCGCCAGUACACAUUCGUCUUACCAAGCUAUGACUCGCUGAAAGAGGUUGACGAUGUGCCUGACUGGGAAGACGACAAAGCGUUCUCGCUAUGCGGCGUGCGGAUGAAAAGCAGACCGACGCAGCGUGUGGUACUUCGCGUCUUCAGAGGGAAGGAGUCUAACAAAGGAGACUGGCCCUGGCAGGUGAACAUCGUCAGAAACAGCAAGACCAGAAACACAGAUAAAGAGACUUGUGGCGGCUCCAUCAUUUCUCGAAGGUGGAUUUUAACUGCAGCCCACUGCUUCAGUGAUACCACAGAAGACACUGAAGUCCAUGUAGUAAUAGGAUCCAACACAAGAAUUGAAGGAGAGAAAGUUAUGGUGGAGAAGGUGAUAGUUCAUCCAGAGUACAAUAAGUAUUUCGACUAUGACAUUGCCUUGCUGAAGCUGAGGAAAGACAUCCAGUACCGAGAAACAGUGAGGCGGGUGUGCCUGCCUUGCACCAAAGAUGUACAAGACCUGAUCCCCUCGCCGAUGGAGAACUGGGCACAGACUUGCAGCUACCAAGAGACCAGGCUGACCUACGCAGGGGGCGAUGACAGUGGGAGACUUCUGUCAGGCUACGUGGCAGGAUGGGGAUACUAUGAUAAAAAUAAAAGAAUCGGAAGCGUUUCACUGCAACAUACUCGCGUCAGCAUUGCGCGCCGCAGGGAAUGCCUGGGCAUCUCGUUGCCGAAUAUUGUGUUCACUGACCGCAUGUUCUGUGCCAGGGGAGAAGAAAGUGAUUCUUGCCGUGGGGACUCAGGGGGACCACUCGUUAUGAACAGAAAGGAACAGUGGAUACAGGUUGGCAUUGUCAGUUUUGGCAGGAAUGAUAAAUGCGGCGAAGGCAAUUUUAUGGGCUAUUACUCCAGCGUUCCCCACUUGAUGUCCUUCAUCAGAGAGCACGUUGCAGACCUGCAGUAUGAGUAGCGAAGUGGUGUUUGUCUCAGGCAGCGGCCAGAAACCCCGCUCCUGGCAUGCAGCCCCACAAUAAAUUUAAAAAGAACGAUUUACCCACAAAAGUGCAACAUAAGCUUAGAUUUUUUCAAUGAGCAUCUUAGGCCAGUGGCUCUCAGUCCUUGUUCUGAAUACCUGCUAGCUAGUUCUUUUGUUCCAAAUGGACCCUUAAUCACCAGCACUAAUUGAGACGUAUAACCCAUCUGUUUGCUGGUUGAGACUUUUUUCUGCACUCAGACCUUGGUUGUGAAAAAGACCCUUGUUAAAAUGCAUUAUUUCCAGGAACACUAGCACACAGAACUUUAUGCAGUUUCUCCUCAACUCGCUAAUUAAUUUUAUUUCCUAUUUCUAGCUAAACCACUCUUAGUAGGAGACCAUGUUAUAAUGCACAGACAGGUGAGAAAGAGUCAUUUUGUUUUCUUCUAUUUUCACUUAUUAUUAAGUACAGUUAGCUAUUUCAGCUAGCACAGCCCCAUGAGGGCAGUAUGGAAACUCACUAAUUAGCACAGGGCUAAUAGAGCUUCCUAGGACCUGAAAGCAUUUUUUUUUAAAAAGGGUCUCAAACAGAAAAUUGUAAUAAACGAGUUUGAGAUUAAGCUCAGUUGAAACAAAACCGGGGGUCUUCCAGAGCCAGGAUUCACCGCUCCCGGUCUUCACUUUCAGUGCCCACCAGACUGCUCUGUGGGUGUUGCUUAAAACAAACUUAACCCAGCUAACUCCCUUGCAACAUUAGGGCAGGGAUGGCUUUUAACCUUCUACUAUCUUCUGGAGAAGAGUUCCAGCUCCAGCAAGAUAGUGAGCUUCUCAUCUGUGCAAAGGCAUGCACUUAACCCACAGGCAUAACCCUUAACCCUAGAUACCCAAGUGUGCAAACUUUUCUCCCAGCGGCAGAUGCUCAAUUACAGCCAUUUAUGAAGUAUAUAGGUUUGUCCCAUUGCUCGCUUUUCCUUCACUUACAAGCAUUACAAGCAAGAACCUGAAGAUUUCUUCGGAAUCACAAGCAAGUGUGAACCAGUUGAGGAAAUGCAAGAAAUGAUUUAUAUCACAGCAAAACAUUUUACUCAGGUUAAAAAAACAGGAUUCUGAUUUUUUUCCAAUUUUUUUUUUACUUUGAGACACUGACCAAACUUCAAAUCGCCACCCUGACAAGAAACAAAAAUACAUUUUUCCAAAUAAUCUAAACAUAAAGCAUAGUUGCUAAUCUGUACUAUGUUCUUCAACCCCGACAUUCUAUGUUCAUACACAUUUUUUCUGAUAAGUUUAUACAGCAACAACUCUUUUCUUUAUGUAAAUCAGUAACUUUUCAAUUUAAAAAAACUUAGUCUUGUGAUUCUGGAGUUUUACCAAGCUUAUUCUGUGAAGUAGUAGUGGUAACCAAAGUAUAAAUGAGAGCUUAUAGGGUUCUGUAAAGAAAGAACAAGGAAAUGUUAAACAAAUAUACAGGAGAUUUGAAAGACCUACCAAAUUUCAUAGCCUAACUUUGCUGGUUUCAAUGAUUUAUCCUAGGAGCAAAGAAUAUUAUUUAAAAAUGUUACAGUUGUUCAAUAAAAUGUGUCUAGACAACUGA